AUGUCCAAAUCACUCCAAGGGAAAACGGCCAUCGUCACAGGCGGGUCUCGGGGCAUUGGCGCGGGCAUCGCCGUCGAGCUUGCUAGCAGAGGUGCCAACGUGCUCAUCACGUACCAGAGCGCCCGGACACAAGCCGAAGAAGUGGCAGCAAAGGUUCGCAGCCACGGCAGCGAAGCACUGAUCGUUCAAGCUGGAGGCAGUGACAAGACUGGGCCGGCACGCAUCGUCGAUGCGGCCGUGCAGAAGUGGACGAAAAUCGACAUUGUGAUCAAUAACGCCGGAGCAGGUGAUGACUGCUUGCUGAAGGACAUGACAUAUGACUUGUGGGACAAACUCCUCAACUGCAACGUUCGAUUCGCGACAUUCUUGGUGAAAGAGUGUAUACCUCAUUUCGGCCCGGCACCCCGCAUUGUCAACAUAUCGAGCAUCAUGGCUCGUAUGGGCAGCGCGUACGGAACCGCGUACACAGCAUCCAAGGCCGCAUUGGAAGGAGUAACCAAGGUGUGGGCGGUGGAACUCGGGCAGGAUUACAACGCGACUGUCAACUGUGUGAAUCCCGGCCCCGUGGGCACAGACAUGUGGCUUCGAGACACCGGUGCCGAUGUCCUGGCUGAGUGGGAUGUCAAGAUGAAGGAGACACCCGCCGCGGCCAGAAUUGGAACGGUGGAUGACAUUGCUCAGAUCGUGGGAUUCUUGUCCGAGGAAGGAAGCAGGUGGUCGACGGGCAGCACGGUGAAUGCGAAUGGAGGACUAUGCUGCGUUUGAUCAACCAAGAAUGGUCUCAAGCAAUCCGGCAAUGAUUGUGAUGUUGCUUAUGAUUGCUGAGUACGUAAAUGUAUAUUACCACGGGUUUGAAGGAACGAUGAUAUCCCCGGAAAGAUCGUGUCAUCAAUCGCCAAUGGACAUC